AUGGAUUCGACUUCUUUCGAUAAAGGUGGUAUAGAGAUAUCUGGGUAUACGACAUACCCAGAUGAUAAGGGGGAAAGACAGGUCAAGGAAGUACCUUAUUAUCUUGAUCAGUGUAGAGCUUGGGAUCCAGCUCUGGGAUUAUUCACCAACGCGACUGAUCUGCUCAAAUGGGUAGAAGCACUUCUUUCUUUCCCUGAUUAUCCUCUCGCAUGCUCCUCCAUCGCCACAGAGCAUGUAGAAGCUAAUGACUAUCCCAAUCCUAAAGAACUAUGCUCUUAUGGUCUUGGUUUGACCCAAGGGAAUUAUUGUCCGUGUAGAAUUCUGGAUAAAGAGAAAGAAAUAGCUCAUAAGCCCUCGCCUUCCAUCCCUGCUACAGGGGACCAGAAGAUCAUCGGUAAAUACGUUUGUCCAGAUUUCCUAACUUGUGAUAUCAAGGAAACGGAUGAUCUCCCUGAAAGACCUGAAUGUUCUCCAGAUGUAAUAUGGGAUCACAAACUGUACGCCGAUCAGAAACCUGUAUUGGCAAGUAUGGGUGAAAACAAGUUUGAAGGUUGUUUCGAAGUCAGACAUUGGAAUGAUGGGAAAAUUCAGUAUGAUACGCCUUUUCAAGUUGAGCUGAUGGAGGAUGAUGAGAAGUUGAAAGUCAGUGGUAUUACUGGUGUAGAGCUUGGGCUUAAGGAGGCUGAUCAUCCCCUCACCUUCGUGAGGGAACAAGCGGCUUAG